CUCGAACCCUAUCAUCACCCGUCCAUCCUCGUAUUUCUUGACGCUCCCCAAUGGGCCUUGCAUCAAAUAAACCCCCAAUACCGCUCAAACGUUGUACGGGCUUAGUUCUCGUAAGCGAUACCCCUAAAGGCCGAGGCGUAUUCGCUUCCGAGAAUAUCCCCGCAAAAACAAUAAUUGAUGUUUGUCCCGUGUUGGUGUUGGGGCUAGAUGAGAAUGUGAAACAUAUCGAACACACCUCGCUUUGGCAUUAUACGUAUAAUUGGCCUGUUCGGGACGGAAACGGCAACAGAAAAGUAGCCCAAGCUAUAGUGUUUGGGCUCGGCUCAAUGUUUAAUCACUCCACACAUGACCAGAAUGUGGGGUGGGUACGAGAUGAAGAGUGCUUGAUAGUCACUUAUCAAGCUCUUCGAGAUAUCCUAGAGGGAGAGGAGCUUUGCAUCUCGUAUGGUGAGCGCUUGACCUUCAAGGAUGCAGACAGCUCGGUUUCCCCGUCAACAGAGGACGAGAUUGAUGAGCUAAACCAGAUACAGCUGGAUUAGAUGCUAGAAACAAAUAUCGGUACAGUGAAUCAAAUAUAGACAGCCGACCAAUAACACCCUGGGUAGUGAAAAUCGAAGGCAACAGGGCUU